UGAGAGGAACGACAGACUUGUGGCGGGAGCCAUGUUUUCGGCCACGGGGGCUUAGACAAAACGGGAGAUCCUCGGAGAGCGUUUCCACGCGGAGUCGUUUUUCUUCUGUAAAAAUGAGCCCCCGUGUGCCGUUGAUGCGUUUAAGGCGGUCCCCCUCUGUCCCACUCCCGCCAGGAAGAGCAGCUAAAGCCCCUCGCUAUCCUUGACACGGACAAAAAGGGCAGGUUUUCGAUCUGAGCAAUCGCUCCUCACUGACAAGCCGAGCACGAUCGUUUACGGACAGCUGACGGUUGCUCUUGAACGCAGCCCACUUGGUCCACCGCCACUUCCACCCCCUGCGUCAUUUCCGCCACACAACCUUCUCCGAGAGUUUUGUCUAAGAUGGCGUCAAUGCAGUUAACGGAUGAGGAGCUUUUCUCCGAAUUAAAGCUCUUUGGUUUCACCCCAGGCCCGGUUACCGAAAACACCCGCCCGGUGUAUUUGAAGAAACUGAAGAAGCUUCGCGAAGAGCAACAGCAGCGGGGCUCCAGGUCCGGUAAAACCCGUAGCGGCGGGGCCAUCAACAGCACCACUGGCGGCGGCAACACGGCGGGAUCCAGGCCAGCCAGCCAUGACGUCACGCACCUGAGCUCUAACAGGAGACCGGGCCGGAAGUCCUCCGUCCUCGGCUUCAGCUCCGACGAGUCUGACGCUGAAACGCCACUGAAAAGAAAGGGCCUCAAUCACAGCGCCAGGGCAGACCGAAGCUCCGGGUUUCAGCAGCAGCCGAAGAUAAGGCCCGUUACAACGCGGAUCGUGGCUGCUCAGAGUCAGUAUGGCGCUGGGAGUACGCUGAAUAGCAGCAGUUCUUCCCCGGGUCCGGACGGACAGAGAGGUGUUUCGCUGGGCUGGGGAGUUCGUGCCAGAUCCAGCCCUGAGGCGGAAGGGAGGGAUUACGACGAAUCGGGAGACGAGGACGACUAUGAGGGGGAAACGGAGAAGAACUCUCGCUCUUUAAAUGGUUGCGGGGCGUCUCACUUGAUCACUAGCAAGUUAGCCGGGGAUUACUCAGACUCGGACGAGGAGGAGGUUGGGGCCCUUGGCGCCGGAGACCGACAUCGGGAUAGGUCGGAGCCCAGACGGAGCCAGCCGAAAGCGGCGUUCCCUUCCCACGGAGUCGGCCGAGGGUCUCAGACGGGAGGGGCAGCCAGAGAGGUUAACCCGCCCGGGAGUCGAAACAUGGUGGGAAGCCGGAGGGAGGAGGGAGAGGAAGACGAGGCAAAGAGAAGGGACUCGGACCCGUCGGGAGGCUUGCCGAGCCACAACUUUCCCAGGAAGUCCAUCUACGUGUCCCUCGCCGAGAACCAUGGAAGAGAGGCCGGCAAAAACAACCACGUCGACAGCGAGGACGGCUCCUCCAGGAGCAGCAGCCCUCAUAGGUUCAGCAUUGGGCUGAGACCGCGUUUCUCCAGCUACAGCAGCCUGUCCCAGCCGUACCGGGGCAACCACUCCAAUCACACCGCUCCAAACCACUCGUAUAGCCAGGCGGCGCUGAAGCAGAAACUGUCUGUCCCGGAGGAUGAGCUGCUUCAGCAAUUCAAAAGGGAAGAGGUGGCCUCCUCUGGGAGCUUCAGCGCUCACUACCUGUCCAUGUUCCUGCUCACGGCAGCCUGCCUCUUCUUCCUGCUGCUAGGCCUCAUGUACCUUAGGAUGAGGGGCUCUGGAUCCUCGGAGGUGGAUGGAGUCAUAAAGAGCCACCCUUUUGGCGGCGAGUUUGACUCUUCUUAUGACAAGGCAGAGAAGGACCUGAUCCUAAAGCUGCUGCUCAAUCUACACGACCACCUGGCCCACAUUGCUGGCCAGCAUGACUGCGGAGACCAGAAGUGUCCAAACAGGAGUCUGUCCAUGGACGAGGCCUCCGCGUAUUUACUGGCCCAGAAUCAGGAGUUUGAAGGCUUCAUUCAUACUUCUCUGGAGUGGAUCAUCCGGGCGGGCCAGGAUGUUGGGAUAAGGCUGACUGGGCAGGUAGCUGAUGAUCCAGUGACUGAUGUGUCUGAGAUCUCUCGGCUGGAGUCCACACAUCCCAAGAUGCCCUUCACAUGCCGCUUCCGCCGGGCCCUCCUCACUGUCGUCAGCAGAGUCUUCCUCAUCGCAGUUGCGGUGGGCUGUGUGUGGAGUGUGGUCUGCUACGUGAAGUAUCGCUGGAGGAGAGAGGAGGAGGAGACCAGGCAGAUGUACGACAUGGUGGAGAGGAUCAUCGACGUGUUGAGGAGCCACAGCGAGGCUUGCCAAGAGAACCAGGACCUGCAGCCCUACCUGCCCAUCCCCCACGUCAGAGACUCCCUGGUUCAGCCCCAGGACCGGAAGAAAAUGACGAAGAUUUGGGAGCGGGCCGUCAGCUUCCUGUCGGCCAACGAGUCCAGGAUUCGAACAGAGAAUCAGACGAUUGGUGGAUCGGACUUCCUGGUCUGGAGGUGGAUCCAGCCUUCUCUCGGUUGUGACAAGUCCUCCACGAUGCCCUCUAAAGUCUGGCAGGGGAAAGCUUUCCCUCUGGACCGGAGGAAUUCACCUCCCAACAGCCUGACUCCGUGCCUGAAGAUCAGAAACAUGUUUGACCCAGUCAUGGAGGUCGGGGAGAACUGGGAUCUAGCCAUACAUGAGGCUAUACUGGAGAAGUGCAGUGACAACGACGGCAUCGUCCACAUCACUGUCGACAAGAACUCACGAGAGGGCUGCGUCUAUGUGAAGUGUCUCUCUGCAGAGCACUCAGGGAAAGCCUUCAAGGCACUUCAUGGCUCAUGGUUUGACGGUAAGCUGGUGACGGUAAAGUACCUGCGUUUGGACCGAUACCACCAGCGCUUCCCACAGGCCCAGGGCUGCAGCACGCCCCUGAAGGCCUCCAGCCUGCACCUGAACACCACAUGCGCCAUGGACACUACGCCCUGCCUGCAGCACCAUGGCUCGGCCAACUCGUCGGGCUUCUCGUGAGAUGGCCAUUAGCAUUAGAUUUAGCAUUCUCCUCUGUGCCCUCCCAGCAUCACAGCACCAGUCUGCUGCUGCUCCUUCACUGCUUUAUAACGGGGAAGACUUCAGUCUGUGCCACGGGAGAGCUUUUUUCGUUUGUUUGUUUCGUUUUUUGUUUUUUUUUCCAACACAGGAUCUUUGCAAGAAAAGCUGUUCUGCGUUGCAGUGUUUUUCUAUAAUCUUUGUAUUAGAAAUGUCAUGGAUUUAACAAGGAAGCAAAGCUCUUCUGGAAUAUUUAAGAUGUGUGCAGAUACUCCAACCCUCCCUCCUUCUCUUCCACAGUGUAACUAACUGAUCCCAUGAUGGAAUUCAUUUGGGCACUGUAUGAAAAUGGCUGCAUGUUUCAGAGUAUGCCUCUAUGUAAGCUUUCAAAACCAACACAGUGUGGAUGUUGAUUUCCUGAAGAUGUUCGAUUGUACUCCUUGUUAUUAUUAUUCUGAUUAUUAUUAUUUAGUCAAGUGAGGAAGGCAUGAACAGAUUUGCAGAGGGUGUCCUGUAAAUACAUAUGAAUGGUGGCACAAUCGUUAUUACAUCUCCUGUAUUAAAAGCAAACCAUAAGCUCA